GUUAACUUCACAUACCAUUGGAAUGGUAUGUUAUCAGAACCCUUCCUCUCAUCAAGACCAAAAUAGAAAUAGUCGGAUGAGGGAUCCAUGGUUCGAAUUCUCUCAAGUUAUUUGCGGAGGACUACCCUAAGAUGCAUUCCAAGCAUCAAAGGGCAGUCCCUGCCACGUCAAUUCCAACCCAUCUUCCAACUGGAGCACACAAGAACCCUUCAUGAUGAGAUAUCUAAACCCACCGGCUCUGAAUCCACAGCUACCGAAUCUACCGAAUCUACCGAAUCUGAGUCUAUAGUAUCUAAGCCCACGGAAUCUGAGCAUGCGGAAUCUCAAGAUGGCGAAAGUAUACCGGUUGAUCCUAGUGAAAAAUGGGAGGCUUAUAAUAAAAAUUUUAUAAAUCUUGGAAAUGACGAGAAAUACGAGAAAAAAUACAAAGCUACGCCUGUUAUAGGUUACCGAACUGGCAACGAUGUGACCGUUCAUGGAUUUAUUAGCAAACGAAGGGAUGUGAGCUCAAACUUGAGCUUCUGCGAGUUAACUAACGCACUCGAUCACCAUUCUCGGAAAAGAAUUCAGAUUGUUUCCAGCUGGAACGAGGACGGCUCACAGCAGUUCCUGGCUCACCAAGACCUUAUGACCAUACCAGCCUACAGUCCAGUUGUUGUGAGCGGAACCCUUCAAGAGCCCCCCAAUACCACGAACAAUACCACGAACAAACCCGGGUCGCCCCGGAAGUGGGAUCUUAAACUUCGAUCUAUACACUGUCUAAAUCCAUUUCCAAAGGAUAUCAUCGUCUCCAAGGAUGCCGUGUGGCCACCUCACCAACGUCAUCUACAGCUGCGUUUCGAUCCUCUCCUACAUGAUAGGUUACUACUACGGAGCAGUCUGCAGGCCACCAUCUCAAAAUAUCUUAAAUCUAAAAGCUUUAUCCAUAUAGAGACACCUCUUCUCUUCAAGCCUACUCCAGAAGGCGCCCGGGAAUUCCUAGUCCCAACGAGGCGGGAGGGUUAUGCGUACGCGCUACCGCAAAGUCCACAGCAGUACAAACAGAUACUCAUGGCCAGUGGCGUUACGAGAUAUUAUCAAUUCGCCAAAUGCUUCCGUGACGAGGACCAUCGCGCCGAUAGGCAACCCGAAUUCACUCAACUCGAUAUAGAGAUGGCCUUUGCCGGCGGCGCUGAUGUGGUGAAGCUUGUUUCGAAUCUCGUGGCUAGGGUGUUUCAAUCUCUCAGUGAAAAAUGGACACCAACUGAGAUCAACGGCAUCCGACAUCCAGUAUACGUCGGUCCUGACAAAACUCUGAUGAAAAAAGGGCCAAAUAAGGAUGAAAACACAAAUAAGGAUGAAAACAAGAGCAAAGGGGCCAAUAAGUAUAAAAACAAGAAAAACAAGAGCAAAGGGGAAGACCAAAAAUCACCAGAAUCACCAGAAGCAGGAGAUGGGGUAACUCGCUUUCCUAGAGUUGAAUAUAGCGACAUCGCUUUCAUGACAUACUCUAAGGCAAUGAUGCACCAUGGUACCGACAAGCCCGAUCUGCGCAUUAGCGCACCGUAUGUGACAAGCAUUCGCGGUACGAAACAUCUUGACUUACCUCAAGAAUUUAUCGAAAAAAUUACAAGCUUAGAAGACCCAUACGUCGAGAUGAUCAAGGUUCGCCUAGGUGUGUCGCCUCGUCGCGCCGGAGAGUUCAUCCGGAAAUUCAUGGACUCUCUACCCAACAAUAAUACAAUCAAGCUAAGUCCUGAAAGUACACCGGCUGUACUGGUCUAUGACUCUAGCAAGCCGCUCAACGGUCUGUCGGCCCUUGGACAUGAAUCUGCUAGUAAGCUUGAGGAAUUUACGGCAUCGAAAGAGAGUCUUUACUAUGAAUGCAAGGACGGAGACAUCAUCAUCUUCCACGCACGAAAAAACGAGGUGUUCCAUGGAAGUUCUACCGACCUAGGCAGGCUUCGAAAGGCGCUAUACGAUGCUGCUGUACAGCAAGGUUUCAUCCCCAAAGACAAUUCGUUCAAAGUAGUCUGGGUGACUGAAUUCCCCCUUUUUACACCGAACGGGGACAAUGCGGAUCCAGGCCAAGGCGGCACCGCGGGAUUCUCUUCGACUCACCACCCGUUCACGGCCCCGCUUACCGCCAAAGACUUCUUUUCCGCCAAGUCCAACCCUCUCGAGGCGAAGGCCGACCAUUACGACCUCGUGAUCAAUGGCGUGGAGGUCGGCGGUGGAAGCCGCCGUAUCCACGUCGCCAAGCACCAGGAAUUCAUCAUGCGCGACGUCCUGAAGAUGACGGACGAGAAGGUAGCCGAGUUCUCUCACCUCCUCGAGGUACUAAGAGCGGGGUGUCCGCCCCAUGCCGGGUUCGCAUUCGGUUUCGACCGUUUCCUGGCUGUGCUGUGCGAUGUCCCGUCCAUCAGGGAUGUUAUUGCGUUCCCUAAGACGAACAACGGUGAGGACUUGAUGGUUGGUAGCCCGGCCAAGGUUACGCCGGAGCAGCGGAAGAUGUAUCAUUUGUUCCAAGAGACAGAGGCAGAGGCAGAAGUAGAAGCAGAAGUGGAAGCAGAAGCAGAGCCGGAGCUGGCGCCAGAGUCGGAGCCGGAAUCAAAGUCAGAGCCAGAGAAGGACCAGGAGCUAAAUGCAUAGGCGCGUCAAGCUCUGUUGCGACACCAAGUGUACAUGUACUUUAAGAAGCUAGGCCUCUAAAUUGUAUAAAUCUUCUCUCACUUCACCCUCCCGAGGCUCCUUCAUAUAAUGACUAUUAAGCUCCAAUACUUGAUAUCUA